AGGCUCCCAUGACUUUGUUCCCCUUUGGAAAGAGCUUUACCCCAGGUUGAUCUUCAAUUUUCUUUUUGUUUUUCUGAUCAUCUUCCUCGUCUUUCUGAGUAUUUGUUUUUUUUUGCAGUCGUUGUUUUACGCAACAUUGCUAUUGCUUCUAGUUCUUCCAGUGGGCGGUAAUUUAGGUACUUGAUCUAAUAAAUGCAUGCCCGGGUAGUAGCAGGCUAGCGAGCCUGUGAGCCUAGGCUGAGGCUGGACGGGCGAUAUUUUAUUUAUGUGGUCCAAAUACCAAGAUGAGUUAAUCCAUUUAAAUGAAUUAUUUUUUUUUUGCAGCUGCAGAACCUGGAGGCGCGACUUGAUAUGCUCAGCGGUUGACAUCAUUGUUUGGGGUUGUGGUCCUUUGCUUCUGUUGGUGUUUUGCCCGGCCUGCACAAGCUCCCUCGCAGAUGAUGUGAUGGCUGCUGGAGCUGCAUGCUGACGCGACGGAGACUCGCGUUUUCUCCAGACGAAAACCAUCCCCGGAAAAACAGGGCCCCACGCACCGAGUAAAAUUUGGCCUGAUUCAAACCUGGCCCUUGAGUCGGAUUUAAUUUUGGCCCAGCAGGGGCGGAAUCAAUUCGAAUUAAAUCGAAAAAAAAAUAUCCCAGGAGGGGGAAUUAAAAAUAAUUAAUUUCCGGGUCCGGCCCCGCGGGCUGGGUCAGGAUUUCAUGUGUGAUUUCCCUGUCAAAUUUUUUGGGCGCGUUUUUUUUCGAUUAAUUCGUUUAAUUCGUUUUUUUCCGGGCGGGAAAAACGAAUUUUUUUCCCGCCCAGUGAGAUUUUUUUAUUUUUCCCCCCCCGUGGGCCCCGGGGUGAGGCCUGUGGUGGCGGAUUUAAUUCAGGCCCGAAUUAAUUCUGUUUGGGCCAUUGGCUUGCGGCUUUUCUCGCCGAGCCGCAUUCUUGUGUGAAAGCGUAAGAAGCGACCUCCCCUACUCGGCGCUCGCGCCCAGUAAAAAACUCAGCUGGAGAUCCGGCGCACAAGCAAAUGUAUGUCGGAGACGCGUCCGCUCGUUGACUACUUCUCGGCGAAUUGAUCCCGUCCAACAUAUCUGCUGAUCAUUGUUGUCGGCGCCACGCUGCGCCCUCUGUUUGCAAAUUUUCUUAUUCAUUCAAUUCAAAUAACUCAUCUUGGUAAUUUUUACCUCUUGAUUUUAUGUCUGUCCGAGCCUCGCCCUUUUCCGGUAGCGUAGCCGGGACCUGAUGACUGUGAGGGUGAGCCUCUUCCCGUUCUGGGUUGAAGUUUAUUUCCUCUCUCUCUUGUCCUCAGGGAGUAACGCCCCUGCCGUUGGUAGUAAGUUUGGUCCAUCCGCCUCAGGAAAGUCUCUUUUAUCCGCUUGUCGGAAAGUCUGGUCUCAUCCGCUUUGCGGAAAGUUUGGUCCAUCCGCCUCAGGAAAGUCUCUUUUAUCCUCUUGUCGGAAAGUCUGGUCUCAUCCGCUUUGCGGAAAGUUUGGUCUCAUCCGCUUGGCGGAAAGUCUGGUCUCAUCCGCUCUGUGGAAAGUUUGGUUAUCCGCUUGUCGGAAAGUCUGGCCUCAUCCGCUCUGCGGAAAGUUUGGUUAUCCGCUUGUCGGAAAUUCUGGUUUCUUCAUCCGCUUUGCGGAAAGUUUGGUUUAUCCGCUUGUCGGAAAGUUUGGUCUCACCCGCUUUGCGGAAAGUUUGGUUAUCCGCUUGGCGGAAAGUCUGGUCUCAUCCGCUCGGCGGAAAUUUCUGGCUAUAGAUCCGCUUGGCGGAGAGUUUCGUCUCAUCCGCGCGGCGGAAUGUUUGGCGCAAUCCGCUUUGCGGACAGUUUUGGGUAUCUCUGGUUUAUCCGUGGUGCGGACAGUGUUGGCAGCCCAGAUUGUAUUCUCGUUGGCGAUAGCAGCGAGAGUACGGAAUCAUGCGGUCUCGCCUUGCUUUGGGAAGGAGGGUCGUUUGGCACUGGCGGUUCGAACCCGUUACCCUUGCGAACUUUUUCCCAAGCCAAGGCCCUUGGCUUUCUUUGGUCUUCUUAUCCUUUGAUCCUCUGAUCCCAUUGCAAUGCGAGGCCGCAAGGCUAUCGGUUUUUUUUUUGUCCGCUUUGAGCUGUCCACAUCCACUUCGGGUGCAUACCACUGGUCGGUCCGUCGUCAUCGCUACGCCUUCGUCUAUGGGGCGCACCGGUUCUCCCAAAUUCAUCGUCUGGCCGCAGGCGUCGCGCCGGGUUCUUUGGGUUGCUUCGGCGUACCGGCCUCCGCCGGUGGGGUAGGUGCUUCCAGGGCGCCUCCUCGUGCGACGCAGUGGGAGAUGCUCCCAUCGAGCGAUCAUCCAUCGGGUGAUCCUUCCGCCGUGACUGCAUAAAAUGCAUGCCCGGGCAGUAGCAGGCUAGCGAGCCUGUGAGCCUAGGCUGAGGCUGGACGGGCGAUAUUUUAUGUCUGUCCGAGCCUCGCCCUUUUCCGGUAGCCGGGACCUGAUGACUGUGAGGGCGAGCCUCUUCCCGUUCUGGGUUGAAGUUUAUUUGCCCACCCGCCCUCCCGGUUAGUUUUACGAGAUGAGCCAGUGGUCUGGGUCGGUAGUUACUUCGGAUGGGUCGCUGGGCCUCGCGCCGCUCCAAUCUGUGUUGGGGUAGGACAGAGGUCGCAAGAUAUCUCCCACGGCGGGGGUAGGUGCUUCCAGGGCGCCUCCUCGUGCGACGCAGUGGGAGAUGCUCCCAUCGAGCGAUCAUCCAUCGGGUGAUCCUUCCGCCGUGACUGCAUAAAAUACAAAAGACGGAGUAAGUUUCUUUGCUCUGAGGAUUUGCAUUUCGGCUUCUUAGUUUUGUUUAGUUCUUCUUCGUCGCCGCGCGACCCGCUCUUCGGAAUAGCACUUCACAAGGACUAUUUUUUCUGGCAGGAAAAGAAAUCACCUAUAUAUAAAAAUGAAGGCCGUAUUGCAUACCUCUUGCGUUUCUGCCGUCCUCGGGCAACUUGGCGGCUUGCAGAUGCCUCCGCUGUGUACGUGAUAGUGUUUCCCUAUGUUCUUUUUUUCUCCACGAAUCAUCUUAACUAUGUCGAACUUUCGCGAUCCUGAAAUCAAUGUGAGUUCUCUUCUCAACAUCUGUUUAUUGCGGAUAUCAGCCUUUCGACUUAUUUUAUGAAAAACAAAUUAUACCAGCCGGCAGCCUAAGCACGCCUCCACCCUCCGCCGGGCCCAUGGGAGUGCAAAUGCCACCGGGUAUGAUGGGGGGCGGCGGGGCGGCACCCCCGCAAGGUAGACCCAGCAUCGCAAUCGGACCCAUGCUAUCCCCGAACGGGCAGCCAAUCGGGGGGCAGGAGAUGCCACAAGGGACGAACGUCGUCGCCAACGCUAUGGCAGCCUCGAGUAUGGGCGGCGGAGCGCCCGGAUUGGUGGGAAACGCGGGGCAGAUAGACCCGCUGCAAAAAAUGAUGAACGAAAUGAUGCAGAGCCCGGACCUAGACGGAAAGGUACUACCUACAGCUACAACCUGUAGCUGUUUCUGAUAGAUGUAGGUGGGAAAACUAAAGCAGCGAGACGUGCAUGAAGUCUGGACUCACUCUGUGGGGUGUUGUGCUAAUUUGAAUUUCGCGUACGCUUUAUAAUUUACAUGGACGCACAGAACGUGCUCCGAUCUGCAUGCCAUGUUUUUCCACUUCUAUCUAAGUACGAUGUUGCUUCCGUUGUUUUUUUGCCAUAUGUUGAUUCUAGUUCUACAUCGUGCCUCCUGCACCUGUAAAAAAAUCAGAACGUAUAGCCAUGGAUGCUAGCAAACUUCAGGUCUGUGCCGGUGUUCCGCGGAAGCAGACGAAUGUUGGCAAGGAGUGCUGGGAGAAUAUUUGGGCGUUCGUGGGGUGUAAGAAGGAGAACUCGCCGCAGUAUGAACAGUGGCACGCAGCGCAGUCCUUGGAGAUCCUGGCCAUCGAUGCCUUGCAGUGGGCGCACCUGGACGACCCAAAGCACAAGGACGCCUGCUACGGCAACAACGGACCCCCGGCGCCACAAGCCCCGCAGGGUCUGAGCGGCAGCAUGCUUAUGGGCGGUCAAGGUGGCGCACCGUCCGGCGGGGGUAUGGCGGGCAUGCCGCCACUGGGUGGCGCCGGGCCCGGACAAAUGCAGAUGCCGCAGCAACAGCAACCACCAGCGAGUAUAGAGAUAGAAGACUUUGUGUUUGUUGUAUCUGUAUGUGCUGUCUCAAUUAUAUGCGCAAAACGUACUAUGUAUGUGCAGUUCGUCACACUACUUGGAUUUUUACUUUUCUCAUUCUUGGUUGCCAUGAUUGAAACCGUCGCAAGAAUACAGAUCCCCAACAAGCCGCCCUGGAGCAGGCAAUCGCGGGCGCCGUGCAGCAACUUGUGCCACAGAUGCAGCAAGCGUGCGGUGUGCAGUCCUCGCAGCAAACGAACGUUGGCCCAGACUGCUGGUCCAAGGCCUGGGCCGCCGUUGGCUGCUUGCCAGAGAAGGUAUCAGUACAGAUUUUGUAGUGUUGUGCACUUCUACUAUGUAGUAGUUGGUUCUAGUUAGCUCAUGGAAAUCCGGAACGAAAAGCGGGAUUUCGACUACAGCUACUUUCUGUCAAAUGUACUGUAUUGACGCGGAGAACACCAACUGCUCUAAUACGCCAGGUCCCACCGUAUGAGCAGUGGCAUGCGGGCCAGAGUUUGGAGGUCUUAGUCGCGGAUGUUGCCCAGUGGGCGGCCUUGCCAACGGAAAAGCACCGGAUGGCCUGCUACGGAAAAAUGGAAUUGUGAGUGUGAACAAUGUCACGCAGCACUUGCACUUCAUCAAGUACUAGUACAACGGUUUCACAAAAUAAAAUGAACUUGAUGAGCACGUCGGCUUUACUCAGUAUAUAGCAUUCCAAAAGACGCACACAUACUCGCUAGCUAGUAUCAUACAAACGCGAUAGAAAUACUACGCACGCCUUGUAGCGGCUGCGUUCGCCAUCAGAAGUAGAGCGGAAAAGAAAGCACGACACAAAACACCAAAAAUCAAAACGUAGUUAAAGUUACACGACCGCUGGCAUUACCCUUUACUGUGGCGCCAUACGAGCGACAUGUACAGGGCAUGAAAGUGGCUAAUGCACUACACCUGUAUCGAUUCGCUUCAUCCACCAGACCUAGACGGCAACGAGAACAUGCAUGCUUCGAUCGUCCUCGACGAAAGAUAAAUUGAAAUUUUCCGAAUCCGAGGACCUCGUGCUCGGUAGCGCGGUGCAGGGCGAGAGAAACCCGCGCGAUCCACUUCAUGUGCUACAACAAUAUCAACAUCGAUGUUGUCAUCAAGAUGUUCACGCUCUCGUCGUGACGUCAGUGCAAACAUAUGUCUAAUUAGGCUGAUUCCUCGAAAGAGAGACUUGUGCAUGCAGUU